AUGCCUUCCCCCGUGGACAUCGCACACCAAUUCGACUCAAUUGAAGACACAAUUGCAGCCUUUAAGAAUGGAGAGUUCAUCAUUGUCCUUGACUCGCAAGAUCGCGAGAAUGAAGGUGACCUGAUCAUCGCCGCGGAGUCCAUCACAGCCGCGCAAAUGGCCUUUUUGGUCCGCUAUACGAGUGGUUUAAUAUGCGCUCCCAUCACCCCAGACCUUGCCACCCGCCUCGCCCUCCCGCAGAUGGUCAUUGAAAACGCCGACCCAAAGUGCACAGCCUACACAAUUACAAUUGACUCCAGCGACGACUCCGUAACAACAGGAAUCUCUGCCGAAGACCGCGCAUUGACAUGCCGAACACUCGCCUCGCCCACCGCGCAAAUCGACUCCUUCCGCCGGCCGGGCCAUAUCAUCCCGCUGCAGGCGCGUCCUGGCGGUGUGCGCGAGCGUACGGGCCACACCGAGGCUGCGGUUGACUUCUGCAAGCUUGCUGGAAAGGCGCCUGCUGGUGUUAUUGCUGAGCUUGUUGAGGAUGGGGAGGUUGUUGAGGGGGUUCCUGAAGUUGGUGGAAAUAACGGUAUGAUGCGUCGCGACGGAUGCUUGCGAUUUGGUAAGAAGUGGGGUAUUAAGGUGUGUACUAUCGAGGAUUUGGUGGACUACUUGGUCAAGACUGAAGGGCCUGGCGCUGCUAAUGGGAAGCAUUGA